AUGGUGUGCAAAGUCUGCCAGGAGAUGCUGUAUGGCCACAAAGGUCGCAUAGGAUCCGGCUCGCAAUUAUCUCUGACCUUUCGACACGAUAAGCUGAAGAACCUUCGCGAUCCCGGUGCCAAAGCAGGCUGCUACAUAUGUCGUAUCCUUGCCGAGAACCUCGCAAGCGGCAAGCGUGUCACUGACGAGAUCGAAGCCGGAUCUGAAUACCUCACUGCGACGCUUCGACCGGCCAAACGGAGAUCAGGCGUGUUUCACCUCGACUUCAAGCUCGGUGGGGAUGACUCGAUCACCAGCUUUGUACUCCGCCAGAACGCCAAGGAUGCCGCGCCAGUAUCUUCCCCUAAGCCAGUCAGUGCUUCAACAGCUGAUCCCAAGGUCAUUCAAAUCGCCAGAGACUGGAUCCAUCAGUGCGUUACCCAUCACUCAAAAUGUCGAGCCCAGUCAGACGGCGAAUGGCAUCCUAGCCGGUUGCUUGAUCUUCAACCUAUGCUUGAGGGUGGCCGGGCAAGCGAGCUGAUCAAGCUCGUCACUCGCAAAGAUGAUGUGGGAAAUCAGCCAGAUAUGGAGGGUCCUUACGUGACACUAAGUCACCGUUGGGGACGGAAACCUUUCCUCAAGCUUACCAGACAGACCUUGAGGACGUUUUUCGAUGGCAUCCCAUUGUCAACAUUGCCAUGUACUUUCCGGGAUGUCAUCAAGGUCACGUGUGAGCUUGGAAUACGCUGGCUUUGGAUCGAUGCACUGUGCAUCAUUCAAGAGGAUGAUGGUCUGAGAGACUGGCUGGAGGAAUCGGCGUCAAUGGAAAAGGUUUACGCAAACUCAUACUGCAACAUCUCGGCUACUGCCGCUAUGGACAGCUCCGAAGGACUUUUCAGCUCGCGUGACACGAAUUGGAACUGGGUCGAGACCGUGACUCUCAACACGAAGGAUAUCCGUGAAGGGACUCAAGAAAAUGUGUCGUGUACGAUUCUCGAUCCCUUCUUUUGGCCAAAGUACGUUGACGACGCACCCGUCAAUCGACGGUCGUGGGUCUAUCAGGAACGCCUGUUGGCGCCCAGAGUAUUGCACUGGUGCCGCGACCAGAUAGCGUUCGAGUGCAGGGAGGGCAAUCGUGCCGAAUGCCGACCAGAUGAGCUGCCACAUUUCCGGCUCCGAUCUGGCACGCUGGUCGAUGAUGUGCGACUGAAGAGUGUUGACAUCGAAGCGGGUAAGCAACUGCGGGUGAUUCGCGAGGGGAGCUCGAAUAGCUCGAUGAACCCAAGCCGUCUGGCACGAAUGGUUGAUGAGGUGGACGGCAUCUUUCAUCUUUACGAGCUAUGGAAACAUUGGGUCCAAGUCUAUUCGAAGAUGGACCUCACCAACUCGCAAGACAGGCUGAUCGCUCUUUCGGGCAUCGCUAGAAUGAUGACCACGCGCAUGGAGGAAGCUGGUAUACGCGACAAAUACAUCGCCGGCAUGUGGCAGAACUACAUGGCCAGCCAACUGCUAUGGUUCGUCAACGAAGGCCUGGGCGCAGACAGACAACCCUUUCAGAACACCAGGCCUACAACCUAUCGCGCACCAACAUUCUCUUGGGCUUCUGUGGAAACUCCGCGUGGCAUCACUUUUCCCGAGACUACGGACCAGGGACUACUCGUCCAGGUCGAGGUCGUCAGGUUGACUUACAGAACCGCCAAAGACAGGUUCGGCCUUCUCACGGAUGGCUACAUCGUGCUCCGUGGGAUUUUGCGAAAGAUUGAAUUGACCGAUCAUGUCCAAGCCCGGCGCCCUCCACCUACCAAGUUUGAGGCCUUCAUUCGCUCUUACGACUGGAAUAUGUGGCUUCUUCGGAGUAUCGUUUCGCUCGUCGUCACCAUCAUCAUCCACCUCCUGCUCUGGCGACUCCGGCCAUUCUUCCUCUGGUCCGUUCCUGCCCUGCUCGCUCACUUUGCUGCGAUUACCAUAUGCUUCCAUUUUCGCAGCUUGCAGCAGCAACAGGCGGACGAGCCAGAGGAGAAACCAUUCGACCCAGUGGACGAGAAUCGCUACACGUGGCGGCUGAUAGUCGACGGCAAGCCAACCGGGAAGACGUACGAACAAGUCUGGUUGGACAGUCCGCUUUCCGAACCCUCGAUCUUCGGCCCAGGCGCGCAGGUGUACUGCAUGCCCGUGCUGCGGGAUCGGUCGCACCUCAAAUGCUUGCUCCUUCAGGCCAAGGACGGCGAGUAUGGGAUGCGAUACCAGCGUAUUGGCAUGACGAGAGUUUCUUCCAUCACUAAAGCGCUCCUCCAUGACCUUACUACGCCGCCAGGGAAGAAUGAGUCGGAGCUGGGCGAGUAUUACUGGGGCAGCGAGAGGAAAUUAGGAGGCGAGAGUACGAUCUGUAUUGUCUGA